UGGAAUAACGAGACAUACUUUUCUCACAAUACCAGAGAUAGCCAUAGAAACUAGAGAGAGAGAGAGAGAGAGAGAGAGAGAGGUAGAGUGAAGAGGUUUUAAGUUUAGAUAGAAGAAGAAGAAGUGUUGAAGGAAAGACAUAGAGAUGGGGUGGGACCGUGGUUUUGCUCGGGUUAAGGAAGAAAGAAAGAACUUGAGCUUCUUCAAGAUAUUCCAGAGUGCAGAUUUAUCCUCCGAAUCUAUGAGAGCGAUGCCUUACAACUUCAUGAAGAAUGUGUCUAAGAAAGACUUCCACUACAAGAUGGUGAUAAGAGCGCAGUGGGGAAGCUCGUGGGAAGUAGACAUCUCCAAGAACCCUAGUUUCUACUACAUGGAGAAGUCUGGAUGGAACCAGUUUGUGAGCGACAAUGCUUUGGGAGAAAACGAGUUUGUGACUUUCACUCACAAGGGUUUAAUGUGCUUCAAUGUCAACAUCUAUGGGAAGAACGGCAAGGAGAUUGUCACACCUCGCAAACCCCAGACAACGACUCCAUUUAGUGGUGGGAUCAAGAAAGAAGAAGGUGAGAGCAGCUACAGAGAUGUGAAGAAGGAAGAUGAGUCCACGGGAGGAGUUGAGUUGGAAGAGGAAAAGAAGAAGGCUGCUGAAUCCAAAACAUCCAAGAAGAAGAGCAAGAGCAAGAAAGUGGAGAAAGGUGAAUCUUCAAGAGGAGCUGUGCCAAAAAAGAAGAAAGCUGAGAAGGAAAAACCAUCCAAGAAGAAGAAGAAGAUCAAGAGAAAGAAAGUCAAGAACGGUGUUCCAGAAUUCAAAAUCACCAUAACGAACUCAUACCUCAAGUUCCUGGCAAUCCCAAAGAUGUUUGAGGAGGCGUACAUCCCAGAUGAGUCUAAGGUGUACAUGAUACAUAACUCGGAAGGGAAGGGUUCAUGGGAGGUGCAUUGCUUGGUGAGGCAGACUCGUACAAUCUUCUCAAGUGGAUGGAGUAGACUCGCACGUGAGUACCCUUUAUCGGUUGGUGAUAGGUGUACCUUCCACCUCGUCAAACCUACCGAGUUUGUCCUCACCUCUAAGAAGGCCAGAGAGUAGAUCACUGUGAUCGAGUGAUAGAAACAAAUGUUUUAAGUGUCUUGCAGCUUUCUUAUAUCUAUGGAGACUAUAUGAUAUCGCUUUAGUUUAUGUUUUGUGUUUCUGAGUUUGUAUUGUCACUUUAAAACUUGCUUUUCUCUGUUUAUGAAGAGAC